AAACCUGUAAUGGCAGCAGCAGAGGAGGAGGACGGGGGCCCCGAAGGGCCAAAUCGCGAGCGGGGCGGGGCUGGCGCGACCUUCGAAUGUAAUAUAUGUUUGGAGACUGCCUGGGAAGCAGUGGUCAGUGUGUGUGGUCACCUGUACUGUUGGCCAUGUCUUCAUCAGUGGCUGGAGACACGUCCAGAGCGGCAAGAGUGUCCAGUGUGUAAAGCUGGGAUCAGCAGAGAGAAGGUUGUCCCGCUUUAUGGGCGAGGGAGCCAGAAGCCCCAGGAUCCCAGAUUAAAAACUCCACCCCGUCCCCAGGGCCAGAGACCAGCUCCAGAGAGCAGAGGGGGAUUCCAGCCAUUUGGUGAUACCGGGGGCUUCCACUUCUCAUUUGGUGUUGGUGCUUUUCCCUUUGGCUUUUUCACCACUGUCUUCAAUACCCAUGAGCCUUUCCGCCGGGGUACAGGUGUGGAUCUGGGACAGGGUCACCCGGCCUCCAGCUGGCAGGAUUCCCUCUUCCUGUUUCUUGCCAUCUUCUUCUUUUUUUGGCUGCUCAGUAUUUGAGCUAUGACUCCUUCCUGCCCACCUCCAGCCAGAGGAGAAUCAGUAUUGGGGGUCACUGCUGACCCUUCCUUACUCCUGGAUCCCCCUGACCCCUCUAUUUCUGUUGGCUAAGGCCCUGGCCAUUCUGCAGAACGGCAUAGGGACAUCUCGGCAUAGGGACAUCUCGACAUAGGAUGGGAGAGUCUUCUGCUCAGAGGUUCACUCAGUAAUAUUGUAAUUCUCUGCCCUGGGGGAGGAGGAUGGACUGAGAGAAUGUCUUUCUCCUCUUCUGAGUCUGCUUUCCCUGAUUUCUUGAUUUGAUCUUGAAAGGUGGGCAAGGCUCCCUCUGACUCUCCCUCACUCCCCAUCUUACUGAUUUAAUUUUUCACUCCCCAGAGUCUAAUAUGGAUUCUGACUCUUAAGUGCUUCCUCUUCCUCACUACCUCCUUUAAUACAAAUUCAAUAAAAAAGGUGAAAU